AUGAAACGAGGACGGAAAGUGAUUUCAGUAGAUGAAGAGCAGACGGAAGCGAAAACAAGGAGUUCACGUAAAAAGACCAAAGCAUCAACAAAGGCUUCCAAAGAGGAUGCAGCCAUUGUAGACAAUCCCAAUAAACCCUCUCCUAAUCAUCAUCCCUCAGCAUCUUCAUUGUAUGGCAUAUCGGAAGAAGAGUUGGAACGUAUUUGCAAACUUGAGAAUAUCGGAGAGUAUGAAGAGCGAUUCCAUCAUCUCGAUCAACAAAUCUUGGAAUUAGAGGCGGAACGCCAAUCCAUAUUGAAAGUAUUGAAAAUACAUCCAUCCACCCGAGUGACUUAUUCGACCAUUAAUCGAUUCGAGAAGACAAAAGAAGGUUUGCAAAACACCAAGUUUCACAAAUUGGCUGCCGAUUGUUUGGGGUUGAUUUUCAAUUUCAUGUUUCAUCAAGAAGUGGUUGAAUGGAGUGUCAUUAAGAGUUUGACUGAACUUUCUACCAACAUUAGGGAUGCGAUUCAUCAAUAUAGUUCCUGUAUUUUGGGCUUGUGUAAAAUAACCAAACUAGCCAAGAAUACAACACCUCCUCCGUUUCAAGCGUUGACUGGUGUUGAAAUUGUUGCAAGUUCCAUUUGUAAUGCUGCAACAGACGCUUUAUUGAAAACGAAUCCCAAUUUAACUCAACUAAUCAUUAGAGAAGACUUGGACAAGACCACACUGACUUCAUUCUCAACUAGUAUCCUUGACAAAAUUGAUACAUUGAUUUGUUAUGGUAGUCAUAGCAAGGCAUCGAGCUUAUCUUUGGAUGAAUUUGUCAAUGUGAAAAAGUAUUGUUACAUUGCCUACAAGAAGAUUCCCCAUUCACGGCCACCCAAUGCUGUUCAAAUCGUUUACGGUUAUCCAAUGUGUCAAGGUUCUCUGGAUACUCUUGAUGGCAUUCCUGAUUCCGUUGAAACAUUAACUAUUUGCAUACCAAACUGUCCACAAGCUGGAGGAAAUGUCAACUAUGAUACGGCAUCUUACUACAUUGAACACAAAAAGAAUUUAAAAUCUUUUAGAUAUUUUGGAUUCAGUUCAAAAACAAAACGACCAGACAUUCAAGGAUCACAUUUAUUUGAAUCGAAACUUUGUACCUUAGAGAAGCUUAAGCAGGAUGAAAUUGCUUCAGUGUAUAACCCAAAACUCUCCAAGGCAACCUGUGCCCAAUCCUUUUUUUUCAAUAGUGUUCCUGCUCAACUAUUUCAUAACUUACGCCAUGAAUUUGAUUUCAAUGCCUCAAAAUUUGAUGUGGCUGACCUUCCAAAAAAGUAUCAGGAAUUUGUGGCCACAAGAAUUUGCAAGUAA